GUGAGAGAGAGAGAGAGAGAGAGAGAGAGCGAACUGCAAGCGCAAGUCCAGAGCCGCGUGUCACACAAUAGCAGACACACGGAGCGCGUGAGAGUGUAUGAGGGAGUGUGUGUACGUGUGUGUGUGUGUGUGUGUGUGUGCGCGCGCGUGCGUAUGUCUGCGCGCGGGACCGGACCGUUACCGGACAGAGGAGACAUUUAAAACCAUAAGGAGUUGUACUGAAUGCGGUGCGCGAGGACAUGCGCGCUCUGGAUGUGUGUGUGUGUUGAGUUAAGGAUCUGUGCGCUCGCUGCGUGGAUCUCGGUGACCUGCGCGUGAGGAAAUGAGGCUUUCCGAGAGCAGGACAGCGCGAGGCGCACCGCAUCCUUACCGGAGAAGCGCGCGCCAAGUUUAGAGGCUUUUGGAAAACUGCUGCAGAUUUUUUUCUGUUUCUUUUCUCACUUUUUUCAGUAAAAUAAUCUGAGAAGUCUCCCCCAGAGGGAUCAGAGGGGUUCUGUACUUUGCGGCUGUGUGUGUCUUGUCUUGAACAUGGAUGUAAUGAACCGCUUGUAACACCGCUUCAGGAUUGUCUCGCGCUGCUCUUCCACGCGCACGGGGAUUGUUUAAGGAUUUUUUUAGGAGGAAAGAGGAAACGGAAUUCCGGGAAACUUUUCUUCUGCUACAAAGUGACCGUGUGGCGCGCGCGGACCGGAUGGUAUCAUCAUCAUCAUCAGAGCGGGUUUAGCUGCUGUGUGUGUGUGUGUGUGUGUGUGUAAGUGAAGAUGGACGGUGGUGUGUGUAGUGGGACAGUCCCGCUGUGGAUCCUCACCGUGCUGCUCCGGGUCACUGUGCUGCAGGCCAAAGCGCUCGAGUCCGUCAUCUGGAACUCACAAAACACCAAGUUCAUCCCAGGUAGAGGCCUGGUGCUGUACCCUGAGAUCGGGGACCGUCUGGACAUUGUGUGCCCGCGGGCGUCCCCCGGGAUCGUGUAUGAGUACUACAGGCUGUACCUGGUGAGCGCGGAGCAGGCGGAGUCCUGCAGCACCGUCCUCAACCCCAACAUCCUGGUCACCUGCAACAAACCUGACAAGGACAUCAAGUUCACCAUCAAGUUCCAGGAGUUCAGUCCCAACUACAUGGGGCUGGAGUUCAGACGCCAUCAAGACUACUACAUCAUCAGUACCUCUGAUGGGACGCUGGAGGGUUUGGAGAUGAGAGAAGGAGGAGCGUGCAUGAACAGAGAUAUGAAGAUCAUUAUGAAAGUGGGGCAAGAUCCGAAUGCUCCUGAUCCGGUCCACACAGAGCCUCCUGACCGGAACAACGACAACGAGAUCAAAACCCCAACAAACAAACCGGACAGAAAGAGAGAGAGAGACAGAGAGACAGACAGCGGAGAAAACUCAAUACCUGGAAACACAGACUCGAGGAACUCAGACUCGUUGGAGGGGAUAUUUGGUUCUAAGCCUGCUCUCUUUGCCUCCAUCGCCGCUGGAUGUUUGCUCUUCCUCCUCAUCAUCAUCGUCCUCAUCGUGCUGCUGCUCAAACUGCGUAAGAGGACACGCAAACCAAGGGGUGGAGCCUCACUGUCGCUCAGCACGCUGGCCGCCCCCAAGUGCUCCGCCCAGUCCGGUUCAGAGCCCAGUGACAUCAUCAUCCCGCUGCGGCCCACAGAGGGUGGGUUCUGCUCACACUACGAGAAAGUGAGUGGCGACUACGGCCACCCCGUCUACAUCGUACAGGAAAUGGGUCCUCAGAGUCCCGCCAACAUCUACUACAAAGUCUGAGAGACAGACAGGUGCAGAGACAGACAGACAGACAGACAGACAGAGAGAGAGAGAGAGAGAGAGAGAGA